GGGGUGGUUUUGGGGGAACCGGCUUAGUGACUCGGGGUCUAAUGUCACUUCGCUGAAAAGAGCAGAAACUCAUGACUCCAACAAUUGGCUCUUAACCCUUUAAAAAAUUUCAAAAUCUCAAGUAUUGCGAGUUUUGCCUCCUGGUGUAAUACCAUACAUUGGAAGAGUGUUAAACGAGACAUCUUGACACUUACCGAAGUACCUGCCAGGCCAGUCUUUAAUUACAUCUACUUUGUAGGACACCUACAGGAAAUUGACAUUGUCGACCUAGUGUCAUGGUUGUUGAGCCCAGUCUAGGCCAAAUUGUGCUGAUUUUCAACAAUUGUGUGAAAAAUCUGCCUUUGGAUUAUAUUUGCCUGAAAUUACCUUUGCAAUGUCAUAAUUACUUGAAAAAUUGGCACUCUGUGCAGAAAUUGUUGGCACCAUGCCCUUAACUUUGGGUGUUUUUAUUUAGUACAUGCAUGCUCUGAAAUUGUUGCUGUGUGGCUGUCUGCUACACCAGACAUGUUUGCAUUUUUGCAGUUGUGCUACCAGUUAGGUACCUCUACUAAGCUGGCUCUUGCUUUCCACCAGACCCUCAUUGAUGUUUAGGCUCUUAGGAUCAUUUGAUAAUGGGGACUCAGUCACCAAUACUCAAAAUAGUUUUGCCAAAAUUUGGAACCCCAGCUCAUAUUAUUCUGGGGUAUUUUUCAGAAACUUUUGGAUGGUUGAAUUCCUGAGAUCAGAGCUUGUACUGAAUAGAAUUUGUUGUGUGAGCCCUGACUGCUGCCAUUGGAACCUGAAAUUUCAUUCAGGGCCAUAAUUUGGUAGCUACAGUUUUACAUGCACCGUAUGGUCUCGGCAGAUGAGUGUAUUGCAUAGCUGCAAAGUUUAAGGUGUUGUGAUGUACUGCACUGCAAUGCAUGUUAAGCAUCAUGCUGAUGCCUAAGGAGUUUAAUCAUGGGUUGAAGCAUACAUAGCAUAACAUUUGAAAAUAUUGCCUUCUAGCACAGUUGUCCAUGUUUUUCUUAGCUUUCAUGUUUCAUGCUUUACUUCUAAGUUGUUGUCAGCUGGCUGGGUUCUCAGGCAGCUUGUUUGAUGAUACUGUAUGGCAUUCUCGAGGCCUUUAAAGGCUUUUGCACUGUAUGACAUAUGGAGUACCAGGCUUCCUUUACUUGGCUACUUGUAGAAGUCUGCUGUAGCUCCAGCUCUGUGUGAUAGUGUUCCAGUAGCACACAUUGUCAGCUUCAUUCUGGAUUACCAGAUCUUAAAAUAUUUUGUCAUGAUUAAAACUAUGUUUAUAUGAGGAGGCUAGAUUCUUCAGUUAUUCCAUAACUUUGAAGUAAUUUUAUAGGCCUAUGGCCAUUUGAGUUUGAUAGCUUUAAGCUUCUAAUCCAUGUGGCUGAAAGAGACAAUUGCCAUUCACAAGUGUGAUGUAGGUUGUGUGAUUGAUAGUUGCCUGACAUAUAGCAUUUGAGAAACAUUUCUCUUCAAAUUAAUGCAGUCAUUAAAGGUGCAGCUUUCAAAACAAGCAUGGCCUGUUCAAACACUGAGCAUUUGUCAUGCAGCUGGUGAUACUUUAAAUCUUCUAGCACAGUACAUUAUUAUGCCUGUGUGUAAAGCUUCACAAACCUAGCAAUAAAGCCUGAGUGUUGGGUCCAUAACCAUUUUCAACUCAUUUUCAUUGUGUGUCCUGUUUUCCUAACACCAAGUCUAACAAACAUUUCAUGUAACCUGUAGAUGAUGGAUAUCUUUGAACACCGAAUCAUCACGUCCGCCCAAAAGCGCAUCUCUCUGGUGCCAUACUCCUUGAAAACCCUGUGCGGAAACAUUUACCUGGACUGGGAUUAUGCCUUUGAUACUCUUAUGGAGCCAUUAUUCUGGAUGGUGGACAACUUUGCCAAGGCUAUUGGCCCGAUCUUCGUGUGCAUGGUGUUUCUCCUGACCGGACUGUUCAUGUACGUGGCAUACACAAUCGGCGUGCCGUACUGGAGAGACCGCAGUACGCCCACCCUAGUCAUCCUCUUCAUCGUGGGCCACUGGAUCUUCGUCAACGUCGUCUUCCACUACAUCUACGCCUUGACCACAUCGCCCGGUCACCCACCACAGGGAGCUCUGGUUCCGGAGACAGCUAGCAUAUGCCGCAAGUGCAUCGCCCCCAAGCCACCUCGCACACACCAUUGUACAGUGUGCAAUAAAUGUGUGCUCAAGAUGGACCACCACUGCCCAUGGCUGAACCAGUGUGUUGGCCACUACAACCACCGCUUCUUCUACAUGUACAUGGUGUACAUGGUGCUGGGCACCCUGUUCGUCAUGGUGUUCGGCUUCGACAUCCUUGUGAAGGAAUACUACGGAGAGGAGCUGGAGCCGGUGCUCCUGCCGGUGGCCGACGAUACCCAUCGUCUUCCAAAUGAGUCGGAGGUCUCUCUUGGGAGCGCAGCACACGCAGCUCCAGGCAACGCCACCAGCUCAUCUGGCUCGCGACGCCACAGAUUUUUCGUUCUGUACGAAUCGCUCACAUCUCUAGGCAUAUUUUUGGCGCUUGGCGGUCUGGUGAUUUGGCACGGCAAGCUCAUUAGCCGCGGAGAAACCAGUAUAGAGGCGCAUAUUAAUGCCAAGGAGACCAAGCGACUUCGCAAACAAAGCAAGUUGUACACAAAUCCCUACGACAUGGGUGCAAGAGAGAACUGGAGAACUUUCCUAGGACUUCGCUCGGGAAGGGGCUGGCGCCACGUGCUGCUGCCGUCUGCUCACCUGCCGGAGCGGGACGGCCUGACGUGGCGCGACCAGCCCAGGCGGCCUCACGUCAAGGUGUUGUAGCCGUAGCCGUACAGCUCGCGCCGACCGCCCCAGGCGUCGCGCCGUACCUGCACAAAUCAAAUACCGAAGCUCGAGCUCGUGUGAAGAGGCGCUCGGCCGACUCACCGCACCAUGACUGGCCUACUCGGUGGCGCCGCUGGGCCGAAGGACAUCCCAUGCAGCGUUGCGCGACGCACUUUCUUUUGUGGCAGAUUUUUGCGGGAAGUUGUGUUUUUAUUGGCAUGCAUCGUGAUAUCUGUACCGGUGGUGAUACGUUUUAGUUCUUUGCAUGAUAUAGAGCACCCCGUAAGGCCUUUGAACAGCGCAAAGCGUGCCACGGGAAUUAUUUUUGUGUUCCGCGCGCGACGCGCCACAUGUUUUUUUAAUUAUUCACGCAUUUGAUGUGUGCAGCAUUGGCGCUGAAUGGUCACAUCUUCAGUCAUGUUUUUGUGGGAUAAAUAUGUGGCUUGAGCGUCAGCUCUGAUCUGAGGAGCUGCUCUAAGUGUGAAGAUCAUGUUCUGAAAUGGAGGAGUAAACAGUGUAAACACGCACAUACCUUUUACAGUGGUCGGGACUGGACGCGAAACGCAGGCGGCAGUACUUUAUUGUGUACGUAGUCCUUCAAAAUGUCGUGGAUGUGUGGUUCACUCAUGAUGCUGAAUGUACCCGGGCAUUACAUAACUGACUUACAGAAUGUGCCGGCGUGGACAUGUGCUGCGCACAGCGCGUGCCGAUCAGGAACGACGCGAACGCAAGGCACAGCGCGGACAUAUGCUCUCACCGCGCGGCUUUCAAAAUAAACGAUUUACGCGAUGACAA